AUGAUUGGAAUUUGUAAAAUUGUAGACAUUUACUUCAAAAUAUCGCGUAUUGUUUUCAGUGGGGACAGGGGACCCUUUGUAUCCAAGGGGCCCUGGCCUGCAGCCCAAAACCCCUUAAGUAGAACCGCCCCUGAACGCAAGACAGCGCAGGCUCCGUUCGCCCAUAAAUAUCAUGAGUAUAGUUCUGGAGUAGCUGUCGCCCGGGCCCGGGAAUUAUUAAACAUAAGUUCCUUUUUAGUAAACCCCUGCUGCCUAGCUCGGCCACAGAUCUAUCUCAUCGCUUGCCUAGGCUUAUGGCUUACUGGUAACUCACAUAACAGAGGUAGCAACAAGAUAAAAUUGUUUUCCGUAAAUGAUGCAAAAGAAUUAAAUGGACGGAGAAGUAUGAAACGCGUAUAA